AUGAUGGAAAAUUCUGGAAGUCCGUCGUUCGCUUUUACCCGCGCACAACUGACCCUUUUUCUAGCCAACAUCUUCUUCACCGCGGUUCACGGACAGGCCAACUUUUCGACGGGAGCUUCAUUCUACGCCACCCGUUGGACAGCGCUCCCCACCCCGCGAGGAAUCACGGUUGAUCCCGUCGACGACGUUCUGGUCGUGUCGAGAUCACUCGCGGAAAUUUUUGCCGUCUUCCCUGACGCGGGGGGAAACCCGGUCGUGGUUCAGAUUACGAAUGAUACCAGUCUGGGAUUAACUCAUGCCCUGACAUACGCGGCGGGAUAUCUGUACGCAUCCAGUCGCUCGUCGGUGUACAGAUGGCCGUACACGCCAGGACAGCGCAGGAUGGUGGGCGUUCCGGCAGAACAGGUGAUCUACAACAUCCCAGGUUCUAAUGAGGUGGCGUUUAUCGCGAGGCCAAUUAUUUUCGAUGCUAGAAUGAACUUCUACGUUGCUGUGGGAACAGGGGUAAACACGCCGCCGGAGUUGGAUUCGAAUCGAACGCGGAUAAGGAAAUUCGGCCGGUUGAAUAGUGUCGAUUUUCCGAUUGAUUUUGAGACUGAGGAGGUUUACGUCGACGGCGUCCGGAACGAUGUCGGGAUCGACUUCGAUGCUUCCGGAACUCUGUGGGGUGUCGAGAACGGUAUCACGGGUGGCAUAGUAAGGCCCGAUCUUGGCCCCGAUAACUUCGCCAUGUUCAAUCCCACGGAGGAGUUGAACCGAUUCAACCGACCGCCCGGAACAUUUUAUGGUUAUCCGUACUGCUUCAGCAGUUACAUUUUGAAUGAUUUCCCGCCGGGAACACAGUUCGCGUGGCACACUUUCCUGAACGAUGGAAUCCAUACGGACGAAUGGUGUCGAAAUCGAAGCAAUGUUGAACUUCCCGCCCUGGCCAUGCCGGCACACGAGGCCCCGUUAGGAAUCACGUUUUACGAUGGGCGCGGCUGUAACGGGGUGGUGGGCUCGUUUCCCUGCAGUAUGAUUGGCGAUGCGUUUGUCUCCUUCCAUGGAUCCUCCUGCUGUGGGGGAGCUCCCCCCGUGGGUUACCGCGUGGCCCGACUACCCUUCGAUAAGGCUACCUUGACUCCCAUGGGAGAAAUGGUGGACGUUAUCUUUGACUCGGAGAGAGAACGUUGUGUCAAUAAUGCCGAGAGGGCGACGUGUUUCAGACCGGUGAGCGCGGCGUUUGAUUACAAUGGACAUAUGAUUGUGACCGUGGAUUCGACGGGGGAACUGUUUAAGGUGUAUUAUAACGGAACAGUUUAA